GGGCAUUAUAAUGAAUAAUUAAUUCCCUCCUCUAUUUUAUCCUCACAACAAGCUCGUGAGGUAGAUGAGACUGAGAGAGCGCGCGCGGCUGGUCCAAGGCCGCCCAGUGAGCUUUAUGCAGAGACGGGGGCUUUGAAGCCGGUUGUCACUCGCCUGAAGAAGCCAAAACUGCCCUGUCCCUUUAUUGAAUUCCAUCUAUACCCUGCAAAGUUCAACUUUCCACACACUAAGCGUUUGCUAAAGGGACAGACAGGCCAUUUUUGUCCCGCCCUGUUGGCAACCGCGGAUUUCCUAGUCCGCCCCUCUAACUAUUCCCCAAUUCUGGAUUCUUCCCAUCUAUUCCAUUUCUGCCAGCGAGCCAGCUGUUUCCAGUGCAGGAUCUUGGGGGUGCCAAUGGGCAUCGAUGCGCACGUCCUUCACACCUGAAGCAAGCCCGGAAAGGGCAAGGCGAAAUGGACCCGCCGAGGCCAGCCACCUGCUGGGGGCAGAGCCAGGCCCUGGGGACGCCUGGGUUCCUCUUCUCUGCCCAGGCUCCACCUUUCGCAACUCCGCCAGAUAGUGUGGAGCGGAGCGGCGAUUGGCCUCUGCGCACGUCCCUCUUGCGCGCCCGGCGGCGCUAUAAAAGGGGCUCGCCUCCCUUUGUCCUGCAGAGCUCGGUUCUUGCUUCAACAGUGUUUGAACGGAACCUGGUUCCAUUGUCUUCUUCCCCACCUCGCUCUCCUUAGGAAAAUCCCCCUGGCAUUUUCUGCAACGCUUGCUGUGAUCCAGAAAGACACCGACUGCCAGUCGACAGAUCCUUUUAUUUUUUUGCACCAGCCAGACCAGACGCCUUUUCAUCCGAACCUCCCAGCUAAACCGGAGCCAUGGAUUCCCACAUCCGCCAGAACUACCAAAGCGACUGCGAAGCGGCCGUUAACCGCAUGGUCAACAUGGAGUUGUAUGCUAGCUACGUCUAUCUUUCCAUGUCUUCCUACUUUGACCGCGAUGAUGUUGCCCUGCGCCAUGUUGCCGAAUUCUUCCGGUCGCAGUCUCAUGAAGAGCGGGAACAUGCUGACAAGCUACUUGGGUUCCAGAGCCAGCGUGGUGGCCGUGUCCUCCUGCAAGAUAUCAAGAAGCCAGAACGUGAUGCUUGGGGCACAACUCUUGAUGCAAUGGAGGCAGCCCUUCAGCUGGAAAAGAAUGUGAACCAGGCCCUUCUGGAGCUGCACCGCCUGGCAAGCAACAAGGGAGACCCCCAUCUCUGUGACUUCCUGGAGACUCACUACCUCGACGAACAGGUCAAGGCUAUCAAGGUCCUGGGUGACUAUAUCACCAACCUCCGGCGGCUGGGAGAUUCCCAGGGGGGGCUUGGAGAGUAUCUCUUUGACAAGCACAGCCUAGGAGAGAGCAGCAGCUGAGUGUGGCGUGGCCCCCCCACUCCAUAUUCCUGGGAGCACUGCCUCUGUGAACCCACAGAUCAUACCCACCACCAUCACAAUCGCCGUGCCCCAGUCAAGGGGGUUGUACCUGCCAACUCUUGAUUGGCAUGCUUCCAAUAAACAAGGGUUCACCAGUUUA